CCUUAGGGUCGGAAACAUAUUCAAGCGUCAUUCAAAGAGACAGUUCUAUAUACAUUACGGCAGAAUUAACUCUGAAAUGUUUGCAGCUACAUUAAAAUGCAGCAUUCUCCCGAAGGCCAGCUGCCUCGGUCCUUAAAUGAACGUCCAUCAGCUCCUGCCGCAGGUGCAGACUCACAUAUCCUCAUUAUUGGAGCCGGUGUCACGGGACUGCUACUGGCCCAAGCAAUCCGCAAAAGAAACCAGAACAACCCUCCAAUCACCUUCUCAAUCUAUGAGCGGGAUGCCGACCCCCUCGCUCGUGGAGCAGGAUGGGGCCUGACCCUUCACUGGGCUCUAGGACAGUUUAAGUCACUCCUUCCGGGCUACCUAGUUGAGAGACUCCAUGAAGCAUGUGUUGAUAUAGACUCGGCCGCGCGAGGAGAACUGGGGAACUUCAAACUGUUCAAUCUGCAAACUGGCCAGGAUGAUUUUAUGACCCCGUCAGGCGAUAGCCCCCGACAUAGAUUUGGUAGAGAGGACUUGAGGAGGUUGUUGAUGGACGGCUUGGAUAUUGAGUGGUCUAAAAACGUUGUCGACAUCCAGGAACUUGGCUCAGAUGAAGUCAUAGCUAAGUUCUCUGAUGGGACAAGUGCCAAGGGUAAUAUCUUAGUGGGAUGUGACGGAUCCCGGUCUCGAGUCCGUCGAUUCCUAUGCCCAACUAAUUACACAAACAACGUGGUGCCAGUUCGCCUCCUUGGCACAACCGUGCAAUAUCCAGAAGAAAAGUACAAGAAGAUCCAGGCCCUAGAUCCAUACUUCUUCCAAUGUUGCGAUCCGGCAUCUGAUACGUUUAUGUUCUACGGAUUCCUCCACGUACCAACGACUAAAGAACAAGAGGCUGCAAAUGGCAGCUUGCCGGCCACCUGCCAAGUUCUGACGAGCUGGCCAUACAAAGCCGGGUUCCUCGGGAAUCCGGCACCAAACGAGGUCCCAAAGACCAACGCGGAACGAGUGGCGUGGAUAAAAAGCAUUACGUCUGGUUGGGUAGAGCCAUUCAGAGGUCUCGUACAGGAUAUUCCAGAGGACGCUGACCCCAAAGUCAUCAGUCUAGAGGACUGGCCACCGCGAAAGGGUUCAUGGGAUAACCGUGGAGGAAGAGUUACUUUAAUUGGGGAUGCCGCUCACGCUAUGACAAUGUAUCGCGGAGAAGCAGCCAACCAUGGCGUUGCAGAUGUGCGAGUCUUCCUGGAGCAAUUCCUCCCCGAAAAUCACCAAGAUCCUUCACCACUGUCACUCAAAGAUAAAAUCGAUGCUUAUGAGCUCGAGAUGAUUGAGCGUACGUGUCCUGCAGUUUUGCGAUCACGAAAGGCAUGUAUGCAUGCGCACGAUUAUAAAUCUGUCACGACCGAAAGCCCUCUCAUCGCAAGAAGAGCUGUCGUUGUCGACGAUGAAGAAUAGAUUUCAAAAGAUGACAAUAUAUAAUAACGGUUUGGAUAUAACGAAUAAAGAUGUUGUGUUGAAAGCUGUAAAACCCUGCUAUUUAUGCUAGACUGGUUGUUCAGUAAGAGCGCAUAAAAUGCUACGCGGAGAUUGGCGCCCAUCCGGUCGAGAAAUGCGAGUAUACGAUUCUAC